AUGUAUAAAACCCACAUCGACAAACCUCCCUCAUCAUUUCCCCCAUUCACUCCUUCCACUAUGUUCGGCCUCAUUAUAUCACCUCGCAUCCUCCUCAUCACAGCUAUCAUGGUACCACUACUCACUUGUGUCAGCAACUGUCACUUCAUCCUUCCCAAUGUGCUCGCAGAGGGAGAUUUGAUGGUUGUAAUUGACCUCCUCCACGUGUACCUCAAAUACAAUGCUCAUUUAAGGGCUGGCACUGCUGUGGAUUGUGCUAUGCCCACAGGGUAUGGAGAGUUUGCCCUGGCAUUCAACACCAUGCAAUCUCUUGCCUCUGGUACCUCACAAUUCACAGAGGAAAGGACCCACAGCCCUGAAAUCACUGGCCCAUCACCAUCCUUCACCGACUUAGUCAGGGACAACAUACCUGCAGAGCCCAACAAUCACCCUACUCCUCAGCUUCCUGAGGGCAGACGCUGGAUUAACCCCCAGCACAUCAAACUCCUAGAAGAAGUGUUGUGGCAGAACCUUGAGACUACCAAGAGAAAGCAUGAGUGGCGCAAGUGCACUAUCACCAAGUGA